AUAAGCCCCCAUUGCUCUCCUAGCCUUGCUUUAGACCAAAACAACCAAAUCAACACCAUGGCCUUGAAAUGGUUGCUCAAUUUUCCGGUCCCUCAACCAGAGGCAAGUUUCAAAAGUACCCAGAAGAAGAAAGUGGUGAAGGAGGAGCAUGGACAUGGUGGUUUCCAAAUGCCUCUUCAUUAUCCAAGGUACACAAAGGAGGAUUAUGAGAAGAUGGAGGAGUGGAAGGUGGACUUGCUUUUGAAGCAAUAUGGCCUAGGUUUCUUCAAGGGCACCCUUGAGGAGAAAAGGGCUUUUGCCAAGGGCACAUUUCUUUGGCCUGACCAACUCUGAAUGCCUAGCUUCUGCAUAAUCUUAGAAUGAUUGUUUUGUGAACGUCUCUCUCUGAUGUUAUGUAAUGUGUACAGUAAGAGUUCGACGAAGAAACUAGACCAUGAGUCUUGUACCAGUGAAGAUGAUAAUAGUCAAUUUCUGGAUUACCAUUUAGUAGUAAAAAAAUGGGUCCAAAAUUCGAUUCCCUUUUGUUAUUUCACAAACAUCUAUCUAAUGUUGAUAUUAAGAAAAGACGCAAAUUUUGUUCGAA